UUCACUUGCCUUUCUUGGAUUUUUAUUGCCUUUUCAUUUCGGUGCAAGUUUACCUCCUUUUCUGUGAGAUCCUGUAGUAUUAGCAUGUUGGAUUGUGAUUUCACGGGCUUGCAAUUCGGUGUCUUAUCUAUCUGUGAACCAGAGUUCCCGGUAGAACUUCAAGAUAUUUGAAAUAAGUGUAGUUCUGAGCUUGGUACUUACGUUAAGACCGAGAGGGACUUCUACUUUUUUCUUAAAACAUGCGUAAUCUGUAGUUCAGAACAUCUUUAUCAGCAUCUUUGUCAGAUGUGUCUGAGGUCUAGACUAAUUUUUUAACCAUUUGCCAUUACACUAGAUGCAUUAUUAGGUUAAUGAUAAUGAUGGAUUUUGAUCUUUCUCCUAUGCCUCUUUUCUGAUGUGCUUGUCGUACUGAUGUUCCAUUUUGUUGUAAAAUUCAACAUCUAACAAUAGAAGACAUGUUUUGAGAGCGUAAGCUAUCCUGAAUGGAUGUUGCCUUAUUUCUUCUUCUGUGACCAAGGCAUGGACACCAUGUCAUAUCCACAUUUUGUUAUCACAUAUUUUUGAAUUGAUAUUUGCUAAUUAAUGCUUUGUCUGUCAUUGCACCUUGUCCGUCUUUCUUCUUCUAUGACCAAGGCUUGCAUGUUUAUAAGAACUAUUACAUUUUCCUUUUGAAUUUUCUGGCUGUCUUUGGUAAUUUCAUAUUAUAUUGAUGUCUUGAUCUUUUUAUAGCUUGAUUUCCCAGAAGAUGUUAUUCUGCCGAAAUCAUUGUAGCAUUUGAUAUCCACGUACAUCUUUUUGGCCUGUAGGAAGGAGAUACUGAUUCCAUCUUCACACCUGAGGCGGAAUCCCAGGACUUUCUUCAGACAAUUGGAAGUGCUAAUGGUUCUACGAGGGAACAAAUACUAAUGCAGUUAGAUGCUGCAUCUGAUAGACGACUGCCAUCACACUUUUUUGAUAAAUCUCCUGUUGGCACCAAUGUUAUGGCUUCUGGUGAUAGCACUGGUGAGGGGAUUAUAUUGGAUAAGAUGAAUGGCCCUAAAGAUCAACUGAAAUUCAGAAUGAAUUCAGAUAAAGAAGCUUCUUUGGAGGAAAAUCUGGGCAACAGAGACGUAGACACGGAGAGCAGCAGUUGGCUUUUGAAACACAGUGAACAUCUGCACGAUGAUUCUAAAUACGUGGAGCCGAAAACAAUUUAUACUGGCACCAGUCGAGCAGUGCUCAGGAACGAUAGUGCUGAUGUAGUGCUUGCCAAGGAGAAUGGAUAUGGUGAAGGUUCCAAUGAGAGUGUCAUUCCUGAAAGGUACUUGUUCCCUGUUGAUCCACACAGUAUGAAUGGCUUGGGUCUCGUUAAUAAAUCCAUGCCCUGGAAAAUUCAUCCAGAAGAUGAUAAAGUACCGGACCUUGAGCUUGCACUAGGAGCUGAAAGAAAACCAUUGCCUCAGGGCAUACCACCCUUUUUGGUUGGGAAAGUGGAGAAGAAGAUAAAGGAGGAGCAUCAUCUCCUCAAGGCUGCAAGCAAGGCAGAUGAUGAUGCGUCAGCAUCUCUCUCCCUCUCUCUUUCUUUCUCGUCAUGAUAUUAUUAUCAUUAUA